AGCAAAGGGCGCUUGCAGGAGGAGGCUGGUGCCGGUUCCUGCUUCAACCCAGAGCCAGCCGGGAUAAGGAUCGGGACCCGCGUCUGUGUCUUCCCCACCCGGGAGGAUCUGAAAGAAACUGGAAGAAAGCGGAAGGUGAUAUUUCGGUUUUGAUGGGGGCUGCCUUGGAGCACGGAUCGAAAAUGCAAGGUCAAGACCCAGCUGGCCCAGAAGAAGGAAGAGAUCCUGAUGCCAUCAUGCAUGAGAGCAGGGGGGGAUUCUGGGAAAGAACUAUCCAGGAGAUGCUGGCUGAGGGGGAUACCCUCAGCGUGGAUGUACAGCUCCAGCACUUCAGACACUUCCGUUACCAGGAGGCCGAGGGCCCCCGAGAGGCCUGCAACCGACUCCACAGCCUUUGCCUUCAGUGGCUGAAGCCAGAGCGGCACACAAAAGCUCAGAUCUUGGACCUGGUGAUCCUGGAGCAAUUCCUGGCCAUCCUGCCCUCGGAGAUAGGAAGCUGGGUGAGGGAAUGCAGGGCGGAGACCAGUUCCCAAGCGGUGGCCCUGGCAGAAGGUUUCCUCUUGAGCCAGGCGGAGGACAGGAAGCAGGAAAACCAGCAGCCCUACUCACUUUUCCCUCCGAGAGCGAAACGGGAUUUGAACGUGGAGCUGAAAAAGGUUCACGCUUCCCCCGGCCCUCAGGCACUGAAAGCUUCCUCUGGUGCCAGGCAGGGCUCCCUGUUCCGGUGGCUUCUGGAAGAAUUUGACCAAGCUGCCACUUUCCUGGGCAAUGGAGUGACACCAGCGGUCCAUUCCCGGUUGUCUCCUGCUUGUGCUGGAGGACAGACAGCUGCUGAUCAGAGUCCCGUGACCUUUGAGGAUGUGGCUGUGUAUUUCACCAAUGAAGAGUGGGCUUCGCUGGAUCCAGGCCAAAGAGCCCUCCAUGUGGAGGUUAUGGAAGAGAAUUAUGGGAAUCUGGCUUCUCUGGCUGGCGAUGGUUGGAAAAGCAAGAAUGAAGGGACCACACGCACAUUGUUGUUGGAAAGAGUCACGUGUAAAGAAGAGGAACAGCAGAGCAAGAAAACGGAACGGAAAGAGAAGCAGAAGAAUGCAUCCUUUGUUCCUCAGGUUGGUGACAUCUGUGAAAUCCCAGGCCAAGACAGAAUACAUGAAGGAAAUAAAGGCAACGAGUUCUGGGUGUAUGGUGAAAAUCUAAGCUGUAUAUCCAGCCCCAAUGCUCAUUGGAAAAUGCACAAAGAGGGAAACAGCCCAGUUAGUCCUCAAAGGAUUCAUGCAGGGGAGAAAACGUUUACCUCCUUGGAAUGUGGAAAAAACUUCAGCCAGAAUACAAACUUUGCUUUACAUCAAAGAACACCCGCAGGGAAGAAAUCAUUUAGAUGCUUGGAAUGUGGAAGAAGCUUCAGUCAUAGCUCAACUCUUAUGGCACAUCAAAGAACCCACAUGGGGGGGAAACCAUUUACAUGUUUAGAGUGUGGUCAGAGUUUUGCUCGGAAUGCAAACCUUAUUUUCCAUCAGAGAACCCGUGAGGGGUAUACAUGUUCAGAGUGUGGAAAGAGUUUUAGUAAGAAAACCUGCCUUACUUCCCAUCGCCAAACUCACACAGGGGAGAAACCAUAUACUUGCUCUGAUUGUGGGAAGGGCUUUUCUAAGAGGUCAAACCUUGUUACACAUCAAAGAAUCCACACAGGGGAGAAGCCCUUCAAAUGUUCAGAGUGUGGAGAAAACUUCCGUAAAAAAGCACACCUCCUUCAACAUCACAUGACUCACACUGGAGAGAAACCGUACAAAUGCUUGCAGUGUGGAAAGAGCCUUAGCGAUAAAAGAUACCUGAUUUCUCAUCAAAGUCUCCACUGCAGGGUGUUGAAAUGAGGAAUGCUGAAACAGUAAUUGGAUUCCUCACUCACUGGAUUCAGAAGUGUGUCCCCCUUUCUAGACUCCAGUUCUUUCCAGAACCCUCUCAGUCAUAACAAAGCCUUUGAUGGUUAACUCACUAAGAUUGUUUUACCUGUUUUUACUGCUUUUAAAUUAUAUAUUGUUUUAACUUGGUUCAUGGUUUAAUUUGUUU